UGAAUGUAAACCCGUGCGCGACCAUUUCCAGUCAAACGCGCCGUUUCUUGGGCGCAAGAAGGUCAUGAAAAUGAAAAGAGACAGUAAAAAGGCGGAAGAAAAGGGGUAUUCCGCUCCCUAUGAUCCGUUCUUCAGCGGACCAGUACGAAAGAGGAGCUGCACAGAUCUGAUCUGCUGCAUACUGUUCUUGGCUGUCAUAGCUGGCUAUAUGGUCAUGGGAGUUCUGGCCUGGUUGUUUGGAGACCCUCGCCAUGUUCUCUUCCCCAGGAACUCCACCGGAAUGUUCUGUGGAGCAGGGAUGAAUAGAGACCAGCCCAGGAUGAUCUAUGUGGACAUACUGAAGUGUGCCACGACCACCAACGUGAUGGCAGCAGCGCUCGGAGGUGUACAGUGUCCUACCACACAGGUGUGUGUCCGUAAGUGUCCCUCUCAGUUCUGGAUGCUGUCUGCUGCUGCCUAUGACCCCGAGGCCAAACCCAAAGACUUCUUCCAUCAGCAGUACUGUGACCACAGCCUCAACCUGACUACCACCACAUGGACUGUCCAACAGAUCCUUGAUGCAGAACUUUGUCCGUCGUUCCUUGUUCCAAGUAAAUCAGCUCUGGGGAGGUGUUUGCCCAGUCUACACGCUCUCAAAAGUGCUCCCUCCAACUUCACUCUGCCCGGAAUGGCCUCCGUCAACGAGACAGUCAACAGCAUCAGAAGCGCCAUGGGAUCACUGAUAUCAGGCUUCAACAGAAAGACCAUAGGAGUGAGGAUCUUUGAGGACUUUGCCUCCUCCUGGUACUGGAUCUUACUUGGUCUGACGGUAGCUAUGGUAGUCAGUGUGGUGUUCCUGUUGCUGCUGAGGUACCUGGCCAUUGUCCUGGUCUGGAUUCUCAUGGUGGGACUUCUGGUGGUGGGAGGCUACGGAAUAUGGCACUGCUACUCAGAAUACUACAAUUUCAGCACCUCCAAACUGAAGUUCAGUGAUCUAAGCUUCAAUACAAAUAUCUCAGUCUACCUUCAAGUCAGAGAGACCUGGCUUGCUUUCUUGAUCAUCCUUUGCGUGGGGGAGUCCAUUUUGAUUCUGGUGCUUAGUUGUCUCAGGAGGAGACUCUCUGUUGCUGUUGCUGUCAUGGAGGAGUCCAGCAGGGUGGUGGGUUACCUGAUGUCCACCCUGCUCUACCCUCUGUUUACCUUUGUUCUGCUGGUGGUGUGUGUUGCCUACUGGGGAAUGACCUCCCUAUACUUGGUCACAUCAGGGGCCCCUCUCUACAGAGUGGUGUCUCUUAGCGACCCCUCUGUGGCUAUGUGUAGCCUCAUCAACGGCUCUGAGACCUGCAAGCCACAGACGUUCAACUCCUCUGCCUACCCAUACUGCCCGUCGGUGCGCUGCAUCUUCUUCAAGUACGAUGACGCAGGCCUGUUCCAGCAGAACCUGGUUUACCUGCAGGUCUACAACGUCUUUGCCUUCCUGUGGUGUGUUAACUUUGUCAUCGCCCUGGGCCAGUGUACCCUGGCUGGGACCUUCGCUUCUUACUACUGGGCCUUCAGCAAGCCUGCAGAAAUCUCACCCUUCGCCCUGUCCCAGUGCUUCAUACGCACUCUACAGUACCACGUGGGCUCUCUGGCAUUUGGAGCCCUCCUCCUCACCUGCUUCCAGCUAGUCAGGCUGGUGCUGGAGUACCUGGACCAUAAGACCAGGGGUUCUCAGAGUGCCUUUGGUCGGUUCCUGUUCAACUGUCUCAGAUGCUGCUUCUGGUGUCUGGAAUACUUCCUGAAGGUCCUUAACAGGAACGCUUACAUCAUGAUUGCCAUCUAUGGGGAGAGCUUCUGUGUGUCAGCCAAAAAUGCAUACAGUCUGUUGAUGAGGAACAUCGGACGGGUGGUGCUACUGGACAGAGUGACAGACAUGCUCCUAUUCUUUGGCAAACUACUAGUGGUGGCAUCAGUUGGUGGGCUGGCUUUCUUCUUCUUCUCUGGACAAAUCCGCCUGCCUGGCAACACGUUCCAGGCUGAGAUGCUCAACUAUUACUGGGUUCCCAUCGUGACAGUGAUGGCGGGAGCCUACCUCAUCGCUCAGGGCUUCUUCAGUGUCUACAGCAUGUGUAUUGAUACCCUGUUCCUCUGCUUCUUGGAAGAUCUAGAGAGGAAUGAUGGAACUAUGCAGAAGCCUUAUUACAUGUCCAGGAACCUGAUGAGGAUCCUCCGCAAACCCAAACCGUUUGUUACAGCCCUGCCGGAGUAGUAGUAACCUUUAACCUCUGAGUUAACCCCUAACCUUUAGCCCAACCAUCUAUCCUAUCCCCUGUCUUCUAAUAAAGCUAUCAGUAUUCUCA